GCCCCUUUUGCUAGCAAAGGUAUGUUGAUGCUCGUGAGCAACCUUGAAGGUGGAUGUCCCGCUACAAGAGAGUUCAAACAAUUCUUUUCAACAUUCAAGUCUUACAUGAGCUUUAUCAGCUCGGCAUCGAUAUCCUCAUCGAAAAACAUUGAUGUGGAGAUGAAUGGGAGAUGUGAAUUGCUUGCCAAGGCUAUGUCUGCAUUGACUGGAAGUAAAAGCAGCCAAUCAUCGGAGUUAAAAAUUACCAUGCUGUCAAUGGGAAAGACUUUGAUUGAGCAAAAGAGGCAAGGUUCAAGGAUAAUGUCAUUGAAGCAAAAGAAAGAGUUGGUUGUGGCUAUGGUGAAAUGGACUAGAAUUGUUGUAACAUUCGUAAAGAGUGUCGCCGAGAAGAGAGGAAAGUCGAUUGAUGAAUCAUCUUAUGGUCUUGAUGUUGAUGUUAAUGCCAGCAUUGGAAGUGGAAGUGAAAGUGAUGGUUCCUCUUCAUCCGAUAAUGAGAGUUCCUCAAACACUAAAUCACAAGGCUCGUCCAGCAAAUCCGGAAGUGAAUCAAAAACUGAGGCUGGAAGUACCGAAACUAAAACCGGAUCUGUUGGAUCGAAAACUGAGGCUGGAAGCGGAGGUUCUUCUUCGGCCAAGACUAAAGAAACCAGCGGUGGAAGUUCUGGUAACACUUACAAAGACACUACUGGUUCAUCUUCAGGCGCCAGUCCAAGUGGAAGUCCCACGCCCACCCCUUCUACGCCUACCCCUUCUACGCCCACCCCUUCUACGCCUACCCCUUCUACGCCUACCCCUUCUACGCCCACCCCUUCUUCUUCAACUCAUGCUGGUGGCAAAACCUCUGAAAAGGGAAGUGAGAGUUCUAGUGGAAGUGCUUCAACGAAAAAAGAAUCUAAAUCUAAGAGUGAAAGUGAAAGUGCUGCUACCAAGACAAAAGAAUCCAGCAGUGGUGGUACUUACAAAGACACUACCGGUACAUCUUCGGGAAGUCCGAGUGGAAGUCCCACUGGCAGCCCUUCUCCCUCAACUUCUACUGGUGGUAAAACCUCUUCCAAAGGAAGCUCAAGUGCUGACGCAAGUGCGAGUGCUGGAGCAAGUGCAAGUGCUGGUGCAAAUGCAAGUGCUGGCGAAAAUGCUGCUUCUCAAAAGAAAGAAUCCAACAGCAAAAGUUCAACUAGUAGCACAUCCACCACAUCAGUGAAAGAAGUUGAGAGCCAAACUUCCUCAGAAGUCAGUUCUUUCAUUUCGAACCUUGAGAAGAAGUACACUGGAAAUGCAGAACUCAAGGUCUUCUUUGACAAACUAAAGACUUCCAUGAUUGCUUCCUCAAAGCUUUCUGCCUCAAACGCAAAAGAAUUCGUCUCCGGGAUGAGAUCUGCUGCUUCAAAACUAUCUGAGGCAAUGAUGUUCGUGCGUUCAAGGUUUAGCAAAUCCGAAGAGACCAAGACCUCCAUGGAAUCAUGCCAACAACAAGUAAUGAAGAGUCUCCAGGAACUACAAGACAUCAACAGUCAAAUUGUGAGUGGCAAGACAGUGACAUCAACACAACAGACAGAGCUUAAGCAGACAAUCACCAAGUGGGAACAAGUCACAACCCAAUUCGUUGAGACUGCUGCUUCUUCAAGUUCAUCUUCAUCUUCUUCUUCUUCAUCUCAGAGCAGUGCAGGGAUGGCCAUGAAAAACUGAGUACUACAAAGCCAAAGCUACAUCAAUGUGCUAUAAAUCAGCAAGAAAGACUAACUAGUACCGCCUAAAAUACUAUAUUUAGUAGCUAAGUAGAGAUUUUAUUUUAUGGUUUUAAAUAAAACUAAGAUCGGUAU